AGAUGGCAGCGUCCAUGGGUCAGCAGCCUCCCAGUGCUUCAGGUCCGCCACAGAAUCCAGCGGCAGCGCAAGCUCAAGCACAAAAAGAAGCGGAAGUAGAUCCAAUUAUCAAGAUAAAACAACUGUUGUUACCGCGGUUAAAGGAAUCAUUAGUGGCUCUGAUGAAAGUUGCUGGACAAAUACUACAUCAGAACUCCAUCUCGGAUGAAGGCCAUAAACAGCAAGAUGGUCUACAGCAAGCCUAUGAGAAAAGUAUUGAAGAGUUCUAUGCUAUCUGUGACCAGCUUGAGGUCAACUUGCGUUUGGCUCUUGAGAUGCAGGCGCAGCAAAUUGACAGCAACAAAUACACACCACUUCCUGUUACGAUACCAAAGUCCGAUAUGACAAUGUCGGAACAACAGUCAGUGCCAUACCCACAAUUCCUCGUCACUGUUAAACAUCAGAUUACCUUUGCUAAAGACAUGUAUGAAAUGUUAAACGAGUUUACUAAGAAAUUGACUGAAAGGUGAAACUAAUUAUAAUCAUAGUUCUUGCAAAAUUUGUAUAAACUUGUGGUGGGAA